AUGAGGAAGAGAAAAAUAAAGGAGAAAUACAUACGGGCCCUGUUCACCACAGUAGAGGAGCAAGAAGCCCAGCAGCUUCGCCAAAACGGCCAUCACGAUUUCAACUCAUUCGCCACGCAAGAUGUGUACCUCUUGAAUGAGAAGUACUACCGAGUGAAGAGCGAAGAUGGCGCCGGCAUGCGCAAGACGUUGCUGCGGUGUUUGUAUAAACACAACUUUUACGUGCCCAAGAAGAUAAGGUACGAUGAGGGAAUCAUCUUCAAAAAAUUCCUCCUGCAAAAUGAAACCGCAGACGUCCACAACUUCAACUACGACGUGUACCUCUUACUGUCUUAUUUGAAGAACCCCAACGUGCACGAGGCGACGCAGAAAAUCAUCGACUUGGACGUAUUCCGGACGCGCAUAAAUAAAGAAAACGAAAAGACCAUUUACUUCUUUAACCUUUUUUUAAAUUACGCCUGCAACCAUUUUCAAUUCAAGUACAAGCAGGGGCUAAACGAGGUUUUAGCCCUUUUCUUUUACCUGAAGGGCAAGUACUUCAACUUGGUUGAUGUCUACUUCUGCUUCCAGAGCUUCGUCGAGCGGUUCUUGAAGGAGUUUUACUAUGAUGACGAGUUUUUCUUUUUGCAAAUAUCCUUUUACUUGUUUAAAAUUUUGAUUAAGUACCACGACCCCGUGUUGUCCGAGACGAACAAGAUGUCCCCCGAGAUUUACGCGGCCUCUUGGUUCCUAACCCUCUUCGCGUCCAAAAGCAACUUGGAAAUUUCGAACGCCAUUUAUUUGAUCUUCUUGCUGGAGCGCAAUCCGUUUUUUUACUUCUUCUUCUCCCUGGCGCUUUUGAUUUUGCACAGAAACAUAUUUUUAUGCGUCGACAGUUCAAAUUUGCCCGAGCUGUUAAGCAAAAUAAACAUUUUCAACAAAAAGUUUUUGAAGAAGGUCUGGUCGUUAGGGAAGUUCCUGGAAGCGAACACACCCGUGUCCUUCGUUCACAAAUUAUUUUUCAUCAAAAAUGUGCUCAUGUAUUUGACAGACGAGCACCCCGCGGACAGUCAACAGAAGAAGGACAUCCUGCUGGAGUUUUUCAAUUCCAUCGACUACAUGUCUGUGAAUGCCUUCGAAAUAAUAAAGAACAUAUCUUUAGGAAAACACAAGUACAUCUUUUUGGACAUCCGGUCGAGGAGGCACUUCCGAACGUUUCACUUGAAGAACUCGAUCAACGUGGAGUUGAUCGAAGGCUACGCGGACAUCUUGCGGGGCCAAAUCGACUCGCAGGACAGGAGAAGGAAACGGAAGAAGGAGCGGAAGAAGCAGUGGAAGGCGGAGCGGAAGAAUGCGCGGAAGACGCAGCUGCAGACGGAGCCGAGGAAGCAGUGGAAGGCGGAACCCGGAGGAGUACCCCCGCCCAUCGCCCACAUUUUAAAAAGAUUUGGAAGCAGGGAGGUGGCCCGAAAUGCGGGACUCCUCUUUUCGCACCUCCUCAGGGAGAAGUACAGCCAAAGGAGCAGGUUAAGCUAUGAUGAUAAUGUUAUGCUGACGAGGGUGGUCUCCGCGGGUGCGCGGAGGGGGAGUCCGUUGGAUUUCUCGGCGCUGGGGAGGAGCAGCGGGAGGAGGAGAAGGAGGAGAGCGAAGCAACUGGGGAGAGAGAAGCAAAUGGAGAAGGCUAACCAUAUGGGGAGGGCGAAUCAAAUGGGGAGGGCGAAAGGCAGACAGGAGGAGGCCUUCCCCAACUUGCACCUCCUGAGGGGGGAGAGAAACGCGGAGGUCGAUUUGAACGCCUUCAUUUGCAGCGCCUACGCGAGGAGGAGACCCCCCAGGGGGGAGGCGAGAAGAGGGAAAAUGAAAGGCAAGCCGUAUGAGCAUGUUAAUAUGAAGUAUGUAGAGGAAAGGAAGGCGAAGAGUCGGAAGAGGUACCACUCGGACGACGACGUGGUGGCGAGGCCGUUCGGCUUGGCGUGCCACCGCAUGAAGGGGGCUUUCCUCGCCCGGUUGGAGGGGGAGCAGGUGAGCGGCCAAGUCAGCGGCCAAGUCAGCGGCAAGGUGGGCGUAAAAGUGAACAGCCAACCAAACCGUCAGAACCACUCCAAGUGCUUGCCGAGUGAACCGCCCCCGUGUGCGGCCGCCCCCGCGCAGAGCCAAAACACGAGCUCCUUCAACCUGUACGUGUUAAUAAAGGAAAAGGUCCUGUGCGAUGAGGACUGCCUUCGCUUCCUCUUCGAGGAUGUAUUAACUCCAGAAAAGCAAGUGAUCAUUCUGUACGACGAUAAGUGGGACAAUGCCAAGUACGUGCGUGGGUUCUACUACGAGUUGCUAUUUAAUACAAAGCUGAGGCAAGUGGCAAUCAUCGAAGGAGGGAUAAACUCCUACCAUAGUUUGAUGCGACUGGAUCUGUUUGAGAGGAAGGUCAGUUCGUUGGUCCCGUCUUUCAUUAGCACUGCUGGAGGUACAAACAAGGAGAGGUCUCCCCAUGGAGACGAAGCACCCCAGUUAUACACACCACAGUGUCUUCUCGGUCGAAACAAAAAAACGAUGAAGAAGUUUUUUCAUCCCAAUCACAGCUGCUAUCUGUGUGACUACCGGCACUUUAGAAAAACAAAAAAGAAACUUUUGGAUGAUUGCUUUUUUGAGAGCUACAGCAACUUUACCAUUUUUGAACUUUUUUUUUGCUUCCUGGGUGGCGAGCGGGAGGACGUUUCGUUCGCUUCUUUCUACGAGCAGAUCGCUUGGGUGAAGAGCAGGCAGGGGGGGGGUAGCGGAGCUGGCGGUGGCGGUGGUGUUAGCAGUGGUGGUGGCGCUGGCCCUGACCGUGGCUGCUCUGCCCACCUGGGAGGGGCACACAACCGGAAGAAGGACAGCGCGGAAGGCUCUUCGUUUACCCUUUCGGGGCUACUAAACUAUAUUAAGAGGAAGAAGGGCUCGGUCAGCGAUCCGAGUGUCUUUGCAAACCGUGAGUCGUUCUCCCCCCAUGGCGGAGGGGGGGGCACUUCCCCACGUGAUCUGCACAACGAGGCGCACGUCAGCUCAUUCGUCUCGCAGAAAAAAAUCAGCGAAUCUACCAAUGGAGACAUGCACAUCUGCAACAACGCCAAGGUGAAGAAGCAUUAUUUCGGUUUGAACCACUACGUAGAGUUCUGCAGUAGGAAGAGGAGCGACCUGUUGAGCGUGGCGGCGUCUGUGCAGGCUCGGGGGGGCGAAGCCGCCCCCGGGGGUCCUCCGCCUGUUAGCGAGAUGAGCGGUGAGGUAAGCGGCGAUAUAUGUGGCGAUAUAUGCGACGAGGAGGGGGAACUGCUCCAGGGGGAAGACGAAGUGAGUGGCGCCCCACUACCAAGUGAUCGCUCAGAAGCGACGUUAAACGUGUGCAGGGAGAAUCAGUGGAGGAGUGACGAGGCGGAAGCUGCUUCACCCGCUCCACCCGCUGCAACUGCUCCAACGGUUGCAACCGCUUCACUCGCUUCACGCACUCCCCCCGCUGGGAGGGCGGACUCCUUCGCGGACGUCGCGUCAGAGCCCCCGCACGAGCCACCCCGCAGGGGGCACUCCAUCGGCAGCGACCACGUCCCGGAGGGAAUUAAAAGGAGCUGCUCCUCCAGCUCGGACGUCUACAGCUUGUACUCCUACAUUGAUGUCGUGUGCUACCGGAGUUUGCUCCUCAAGGGGGGGGCGACACAAGGGAGCCCCCCUCCCCAGCGCAAACUCUACAGCUGCUUCAUCACCUACAUUUACCAGCCCCUCAUUCCUCACAACAUCAGAUCUAACAAUAUCAUUAGCAACUUAGUGCACUACGUAAAAUAUUUCAAGUGCAUUAAACGGGGCAACGGUGCCAUUAACGACCCGAACCUGUACCUGCAGUGCAACAAGUUGGACUAUGACCUCGCCUUCCAGCGGGACAAUAGCCUGCCCUCCCAGCGGGACAAUAGCCUGCCCUCCCAGCGGGACAAUAGCCUGCCCUUCCAGCGGGACUCCAGCUCGCCCUUCAAGUGGGACCCCAAGCUGCCCUUCAAGCUGUCCUACUUCCCCUUUAGGAGCAUGCCGCUUCUGCCCGGCGCGCGUGCGGGCGCAGCCAACGAGGUGAGCGGCAUCAGCAGCGGAAGCGGAAGCGGCAACGGGAACAGCGCUAACACCGACAGCAACGCCGCUAAUAACGCCGCUAAUACCGCUAAUACCGCUAAUACCGCGAACCCCUACGACGAGCGGGUGAACGACGAGCGGGCGAACGACUGCAUCCUGAGCAACACGUGCCUGAAGAACCGGCCCGAGCUGGGCCUCUGCAAGCUGAUGAUUUACGACCACCUGCUGGUGCUCUACGGCACGCCCUACCUGUGUGAGGUCAGUCUGCCGGUUCAGCGGUGUGGGGGAGCGGCGGUGGAGAAGUUCGCAGCCGCGGCAGAUCAGCGGAGCGGGGAGGACCCUCACUUGGGCGACAUCGGCACGAAGAACUUCCUAAGAGAGAGGGAGGAAUACUCGACGGGUGGCACGAACGACGAAGAGUGGUACCUCUCGAGCGAACCGGGAGAGGAACUACAGAAGGUGUUGAUUCACAAGCAUAAAAACUUAAAGAAAAAAGACAUCCUCUUUACCAUAGAUUCUUAUAAAAUAAAAGGAACAGAAAUCAACUGGGCGAAGGUGUCUCCCCAUGUACUUCGUAGCAUCACAAGGGACCACAUCACAGAUACGUAUAGCUACUACAAAUCAUAUUUUAGCGUUUCCACUAGCCAUUUAUUGGCGACUUCUGAGGAGCGUUGUUUUUCUGUUAGUAGCUCCGUCUCGAGUGACAGCUCGUCCUACUCGUCGUGCGUUUCCGAUGAACCCAACUUUUCCUUUUCGGAUUACCAUAGCUUGUACGCGAAGAAUGCCAAGAGGGGGGGGGGCAAGGAUGGGAACAGGAGGGUGAAGAGCGCGAUGGGAAGUGGAGGGAGGAGCGCGAUGGGAAGUGGAGGGAGGAGCGCGAUGAGAAGUGGGGGAAGGAGCGCGAUGAGAAGUGGGGGAAGGAGCAGCAGCCCCCCAAAGGGAGGGGAAGCCUCUGGGGGGUCUCCUCAGAGGAAGGCCAAAGUGGACGUCGUCAACGUGUAUGCCGUGUUUGACAUUCACACGCUGUGCAAGAUAACCACCAAGCGGGGUUCCGCCAGGACGCUAUAUUUCUACUUCGCCACGAAUAGGAGCACCCCGCUGAUGGUCCUCAACUUCGACAGCGACCUGGAGGUUCAGUCGUGCGUGCGCUCCAUCAGGGAGGUCUACUCGCGCUACGCCAACGGGGAAGCAGCGGCGCGGGGAGAGUGA